AUGAGCUUCAAACGGCCUCUGCCUAUAUCGCCAGUACGUCAACGGAUUAUCAAAACUUGCAUUGAAUCCAAUAAAAAUAAUAAUACCUGUCAAGUAUGUGGUGAUAAAGCACAUAUUUUUAAUUACGGAGCUUUAUCAUGCGCAUCUUGUAAAACAUUCUUUCGUCGUCACGGUUUUCAUCCUGAAAGUAUUCCUCAAUGUGAUUUUCAUGGAAAUUGUGAAAUAACACUACAGUCGAGAAGAAUGUGUACGGCGUGUCGCUUUUCAAAAUGUCUGGCAGUUGGAAUGAGUCCAGAUUUUAUUCGAAAAGAAGAUCUUACUGGCAAAAGUCGUUCAAUAGUAAAAUUAAAACCACAAUAUCAACAAAUGGCUACUCCGAAAUUAUCUACCUUUAAUGGAAUAAUUGCACCAUUAAAUCUUCUAUCUAAUGACAUAUCUCCUCUAAGUCCAGCAAAUUGGGUAUUAUUAUCAAAUGUGAUUCAUGCAUACGACUCAUUCAGUCCCAUAUCUGAAUUACGGCAUACUAUUGAGUUUCUUACUAAAAGUUCAAUGAGUGUUGAACAUAAACUCGAAGAAUCCCGAAAUAUGGUUAGUUUAAUGUCUCAAACGUUUCAAUUAUCCGUUAGUGCUACUGCUGAUUUUCGAAUCAUGACAACUGAUGAACAAUGUUCUCUUCUUAAACGAAAUAUGCGUGGUAUUUGGGCGUUUCACUCGAUGGUUAUGUGUCACCAAUGUAAUCUAUUUGAUAGUAUACCAAACAAAAACAUUAUGGUACCUCUAUACGGAUUGGAAAACGUUGAACGUGUAAGAGUUAUGAGCUUACGACUUGAUCCUGAUGAAACAAUUGUUAAACUUAUACUUAUGGUAUUAAGUUUUUCUUCGAAUUGUUUUACAGUAAGCACUGAUCACAUGGCGUACAGAGACAACUUAUUGAUGGGUACUUUUCGUCUAUUUGGAAGUCAAAAUGCAUAUAUUGAAGUCAUGUGGAAAUAUAUGUUGUAUCGAUAUGGAUAUUUUGAAUCUGCAAAACGUUUUUCUGCGCUUAUUAAGCUAAUGCUCGAUGAAAUGACUCUCGCAUCAAAUAUCUACGACGACAAUGAAGUUCAUAAAGACUUAUCAAAUAAAAUUAUUAACGAACUCGAACGGUCAUUAUCAAUUGAUGGUAGUGAAAGCAUUCCAUUAUGGGGUAAAAUCGAACCUUGA